AUGGAGGAGGAGCUGCAGGCGCUGAUGGAGGAACUCUGUGAGACUCUGUUGCAGCAGCUGCAGCAACUGCUGGAAGGAAAACUGCAGCUGCAGGACAUUAAAGAUGGUGAGACGCACACGUGUUGUUGUUGUUCAGGCUCCAGAGAGGACGAGUCCAGCUGUGGGCGGCCGCUCGGCAUCAGAGUCGGACCCAACGGGACUCUGUUCGUAGCCGACGCUUACCUGGGUGUGUUCGAGGUCAACCCCACCACAGGUGAGGCAAUCCGAUUGGUUGCUGGCGGUCAGGUGGUGGGCGGCAGGCAGCUGUCGUUCAUUAAUGACGUGGCGGUGACGCAGGACGGAAAGAAGCUGUACUUCACCGACUCCAGCAGCAGGUGGCAGCGCAGAGACUACCUGAACCUCAUCAUGGAGGCCACCGCUGACGGCAGAGUUCUGGAAUUCGACAUGGAGACCAGAGAGCUGACCGUCGUCAUGGAGAACCUGCGAUUUCCAAACGGCAUCCAGCUGCUGCCGGACGAAGAGUCGGUGCUGGUGGCAGAGACCACCAUGGCCCGCAUCCGCAGAGUCCAUGUAGCUGGUCUGAAUAAAGGCGGAAUGGACACUUUCAUGGACAACUUGCCUGGUUUCCCCGACAACAUCCGUCCCAGCUCCAGCGGAGGUUACUGGGUGGCCAUGUCUGCCGUGAGACCGAAUCCCGGCUUCUCCAUGCUGGACUUUCUGUCCCAGAGACCCUGGAUCAAGAAACUCAUAUUCAAGCUCUUCAGUCAGGAGGUUCUGAUGAAGUUCGUUCCUCGGUACAGUUUGGUGGCAGAGCUCCAUGAUGGAGGCAUCUGCACCCGGAGCUUCCACGACCCCAACGGCCUGGUGGCGGCGUACAUCAGCGAGGUCCACGAGCACGAUGGGAGUCUGUACCUGGGCUCCUUCCGCUCGCCGUACAUCGCCAAACUCGACCUGCGCCAAGUGUAAACUACAAAAAAGACAGUGAAUGAAGAAAGUUUGUGACUUUGCAGUUGAACGUCUGAGCAGCGUUUGUCUUCAGCAGCUUCGUCACCAGGAGGUGGAAGACCAACCCUCACAGAUUGGUCAGGCGCUCGACUUGAUGGACAAAAACAAGUUAUUGGUGUCCAGGAGUUGAGUCCCGUGAGGAUGAAUGACUUUGGUUCAUCUAGCGCCCCCUGCAGGCCUUUCUGGUAUCAGACUCCAACCUCUCUGUUCUGUUUUGUUCCGUGAAGAGCAGCGGCUGCACAUCGAACUGGAAUGAGGCGCAAACUCUGAGAAUCUGAAAGAUUCAGCUACCGAAGGUUUCACAUCAGAUGUCUGCUCACAUUUCUAAUCUUCAGACGUUUUCCUUCCACCAUCCAGUGUUAGAUGGAGUUUAUUUCAGCUUUGUGUUCCACUGCUUGUGUACAAAAUUUAACAUUUUAUAGCUUUGUUUUGUGAAAAAUGUUUCCAUAAGGUUCAGAAAAGCGUCUUGUUGUGGUGUUUGGUGCUGAAAGUGAGCGGCUCGUCUAAAGGUUUCCAUCAACACUCGCUAGUUAGCUCAGGCUAAUCAACUCGUAAACUCGCUACCCUGUUCACUGUUGGCGGGUUAGCUUGUGGGCUCAGUGAGUAAAGCACAUAAUAGUCAGCUUGCUAGCUAGCUAGCCUCCAUAUUUUCUAAAAAUGUUUUGUUGAUUCACAGAUGACUUCGCAUUGUUUUCGUACGUUGUUGAGGUGUGUCCGUUUUUUUGAGAUAGAAGACCAACAACUUCUCUCUUUUAAUGCUAUAGUAAUUAUUAUAUUAUAUAUUUAAUGAUAAUAUUAUUAUUAUUAUUAUUAUUAUUAUCAUGAUGCUUUGAUGCUUUUACAAUGUGACAUUUUACCCAAUCAAGGAUCCAUCACUGGUUCAGAACACCACAAUCAGCAGCUGUUCGUCCGUGACCGACGUCCCCAGCAACGGAUGCAGCUCCAUGUCAGCAUAAACAUCUUAUUCAGGGGAAGGUGAUUGGCUACUGAACACAGACACUGAAUUUAAAUAGUGAACCGUGAAUGGCUAUCUGUUGGGACGAGCCGGGGUUUAAAGUUAGCUCUCCCUUCGUUGGUGCACAAACACGUCUAUGCCUCUGGCACAUGAUUGGCACACGAUCCAUCCAAUCCACAGCAUCCGUUCCCUGUAAAGGAAGACCUCCGCUAGCACCUCCCGCUCUCUGGAUGUUAGCACUGCUCCUUUGUUUAGCUGCUAUAUGUUGCAGCUAGCUGCUAUUAGUGUGUAAGGGGAUGGUACCAUUAUCUGUGUGUGUGUGUGUGUGUCAAUGCUAAGCUAUCAGUGCUCUCACAAAAUUGAAUAUUCCAACAAGAGCUAACGUUAACAUGGUAGCUUGCCUGUUGAAGAUCUGUGAUUAAAAGUGUUUUAAUUUAAUUGUCUAACUACUGAAACUGUAUAAAAACUUAUUGUUGAUAA